CCGAAGUAUUAAACACCACUUUAUCAUGCAAAACUCAAGCUACUGCUACUACAAUUAGUGUUUUCAUCUAACACCUUAUGCUAGUCUCAUAAUCACUUUAUCAAAUUAAGGGAAGCUUUCUUGAGCCAUUUCAAAAAAUGGGGAGUGCUGUUACUGAUGGAAGAUUCGAGCUCGAGAUUAAGCAAGAUGAGCCAACAAGAGUUCCACCAGUGGAGGAAACAGAGAAAGGGCAUUACUUCUUGUGUAACUUAGACCAAAAUAUAGCUGUAAUAAUGAAGACAAUUCACCUGUACAAGUCACCAGAAAAGGGAAAUGAAGAUGCUGCAAAAGUUGUUAGAGAAUCGCUUUCUAAGGCUCUUGUGCAUUUCUACCCUCUUGCAGGGAGACUAACCAUCAGUCCGGAGGGUAAAUUGAUUGUUGAUUGCACGGGAGAAGGACCGCCUUUUGUCGAGGCAGAGGCAAAUUGCUCAGUGUCAGAGCUGCUGAGCAUAGCUAGUGUUGAUCCCAUGGUCCUAAAGAAUCUUGUUUAUGAAGUUCUUGGUGCUAAAAACAUCAUUGAGACUCCUGUUUUUACUGUUCAGGUGACAAAGUUCAACUGUGGAGCCUUUGCAGUAGGCAUAGCCAUAAACCACUGCAUGGUUGAUGGAGUUUCUGCAGUAGAGUUCAUCAAAUCAUGGGGUGAAAUAGCACGAGGAUUACCCUUAAGCAUCCAUCCGUAUUUAGACAGAACAAUCCUCAAGGCAAGGGAUCCACCAAAGAUCGAAUUUCCUCAGAGCGAAUUUCUUGAUAUUGAGGACAUAUCAAAUACACAUGAGCUUUACAAAGAAGAAAUGAUAUACAAAGCCUUCCCUUUCAACACUGAGAAGCUAGGGAGACUGAAGAAAAACGCCUUAGAAGGCAGAGUUUUAAGCAAGUGCACCACUUUCGAGGCAUUAACAGCUUUGGUGUGGAGAGCUCGAUGUAAAUCCCUGAAAAUGCAUCCUGAUCAGCAAACAAAGCUCUUGUUUGCAGUUGAUGGACGGUCUAAAUUUAACCCUGAGCUGCCUAAGGGUUUCUUUGGUAAUGGGAUUGUUCUGACUAACACGUUGUGCAAAGCAGGGGACCUUCUUAAGAGCCCUUUGUCACACACGGUAGAGUUGGUUCAAGGAGCAGUUAAGUUAGUUACUGACAGUUACAUGAGAUCUGCCAUAGAUUACUUUGAGAUGACAAGGGCAAGGCCUUCAAUGAAUGGUACACUAUUGGUAACAGCUUGGUCUAGACUUGGUUUUCAUUCCCCAAACUUUGGAUGGGGAGAGACCAUUUACACUGGACCUGUUGGUGUGCCUGGAAAAGAGGUGGUGUUGUUUCUUCCUAAUGGAGAAGAUAGGAGAAGCUUAAAUGUGUAUCUUGGGAUGCCGACUUCUGCUAUGAACAUCUUUGAAGAAGAAAUAAUGAAGAUUUAACCAGGACAAAGUUUUUAUUGGUCUGAUUUCUCUCCUUAUUGCAAGAUAAACAUAAUUUGUUAAUAUUAUGGUACAUAGUAUGUCUAUAUGUAGACAAAUGGAUGAAGAGCUCGAGCUCAAAUAUUGAUCAUUUACAUUCAUACUGAAGAUGUAUAUUCUGCUAGCUUUCAAGCUACAACAUAUUCUGUUGCCACAUGCAGUUUUAGUUUGGACCUUAAUGUUGAGUGUUUAUUCUUACAGAAAAGUUUCUAGUCAAUAAGAUGUAUAACUAUGCAGUUUAUCAAAUGUGAAAAAGUAAGUCAUAUGAUGUAUUGACAAAAGUA